AUGAAAGGGUUUAGAACGAAAAAAUCUUUAAAAAAAAUAAUGACUUUUGGCUUCUGAGUAGUUCCAUUUAAAGGUAUGCCGACCAAGGCGACGACGUUCUCGCGCUUCUCGAAAAGGAACGAAACAAGUUGACUCAACAGGUUAGAAAAAAAAAAGUAGCUAUAAAAUAGUUGUCAAUUUCAGGUUGAAUAUCACAUCGAAGAGGCGAAAAAGCGACAAGGGGAACGAGACGCCGCCGAAAACAAGUUGGCCGCCGAGAAAAAACGCCACGAGGCGAUCGUCCUCUACUUGAUCCAGGAACGGAAACAUAUGCUGCUCAAAAUCCACGAGUUGCGGUGCAAAACUGAAAACGGUCAGUACAGGCAUAGAAAAGGGUCUGAAAAUAAUGGAUUUGAGAGAAAAAAUCAAAAAAAUUAGCCUCGGAACGAAAAAAAUAAAAAAAGCGGUUAAAAGUGGAUCGGCAAAUAGUUUAUUUGAAAAAAAAAAUCAGUCAAAAUCAGUAAAAUUGAUCCCCUCCCACCCCCAAAAAAACACAAAUCCAAAAAAGAUAGAAGAAGGGGCCUAAAAAUAAUGGAUUGCAAAAAGAAGCAAGAGAAUUGAUCCACGAAUAAGGGAAACUCAAAAAAAAAAACAGAAAAAAAGUCUGCGAUCUGUAAAAAAGCGAAAAAAACGAAGCCCUCAAAACAAAAAAAUCCCAGAAAAAAAAGCCAGGAAGAAGGUGCAUAAAAGUAAAAGCUCUCAGAAAAAAAAAAGAAAAAAUUGAGUCGCAGAAAGAAGAUAUCCACAAGGCAGAAAAAAUAUGCAAAAAACAAAAUAAUGGUUUAAAAAAUACCGACAAAGCUGAGCCCCCCUAAAUUUGAAAAAAAUUUAUGGAAGAACUAGCCGGAAAAAUUUUUAACCGGACUUUCUUUGAAAAAAAUAGCCGCCAACGAUACAUUUCCUAAAAAGAGGCUAGGAUAAAUCAGCGGCUACAAGGAAAAAAACCUUGAAAAAAAGUUUACACAGCCUUUUUUUCGAUGAAUUGUGUUCUGCGGCUACUUUCGAGCGUUUAUGUCCUCAAAUAAUUUUUUUUUUUAAAAAAAUAACGCCAACGAGAAAUCUCUCAAGAAGAAGCUAGGAAAAAGAUUUAGCCUUGAAAAAAAAUACUACAGAAAAAAGAGCUACAAAUGGAAGGAUUGGAAGAAAAAAAUAGCCGCGUAAAAAGGACUGUUGCAAUGUUCUGCGACUAUUUUUGAGUGUCCUAAAAUAAAUUUUUUUUUUUUUCCAGAAUACUCAUUAUAUUUUUCUCUUUCAGCUCAACCUUCGGCUUCUACGGUCGCUGAUCGGGAACUUAUUGAGGAACUGAAAAAAGAAGUGACUUUUUUGAGAGGCGAAAGAGAAUCUUUGAAAAAUACGCAGAAGAUGUUGAAGGUAUAAUACACAGUUUCGACAAAAACAAAAAAAAAGUUCAGUCCGAGAAUUUGAACCUGAAAGAAGUCGUCAAGGGCCAGGAAGCCGAUCUACUCCUCCUGAGGAAGAAUCUGAUUUCUACAGCGAAAAUUACGAUGGAAAAGCCGGUUACGGUAAGUAAACAUAAAAAAUAAAAAGAUGAUGAAAUUUCGUACUAAAAAAGACUAAAUUAGUUACAAAAAGCCAAUUAGUUGAAUAAUUUUGAGAAUCUUAGAAAUUAGUCGAAGAUAUGAAUCGAAAUUGGAAGAAAUGGAUUUUUGAGGUGCCUUGAAAGGACCAAAAAUCGAAAAAAAGAAAAAUUUUUGUAGUGGUAGCUGAUUCACGUAGCUUGAGCAAUCGAAAAAUGGCUCCUGACACGAUAAGAAAAGAGAGAUAGUGCCUGAUUUGGUGGAGAGCGCAGACAGGCCACGCCCCUCAGCGUGUCAAGCUGGUCGUGAAUUUUCGUCUUGACAGAGCUCUCUUGGAUGUACUAGGGCGAAAUAAUAGGUUUUAUGAAAACCUAAACCACCUCAAUACUUUUCGAACCUUUGAGUGGCCUCUUGAAACGGAGUCAUUAAAAAAGGGUCCUGACACGAUAAAGUAGGAGACAUUGUCUGGUUGGUGGAGGGCGCAGACAGGCCACGCUCCUUGGAGUCCCAAGCUAGCCGUUAUUUUUGGUUUGGAGGAACUUUCUUUGAUGUAAGAGGGUAAAAUCAUGCUUUUUAUGAAACCUGGACCACCUCAAUUUUUUCCGGGGCUUCUUGAAACUGAAUCUUAGAAAAAAGGUGCCAGUUUCUUAAAGAAAAACGACUUUUGUAUGGUCUAGGACAUGGAAAUUUUCAAAUUCGGGUAGAAUGACUUGAUUGUCAAGAAAAAUGUAGAAGUUUCAACGAUUUUUCUCAAAUUUUAGGGCAUUUUAAGACAUUAUAAGGAAGGUUAUUCUACUAAUCGGUUGGGCAAGAAACACCUUGAUGUACUAGAAGUAGAUUUUGAAAGUCUCAACCUGCAAAACUUUCUAAUUUUCGAGAAAUAAGGGUCCUAAAAUAGCCUUUUCCAACGUAUUUCUAGGAUUUUUUCGACUUCGGAGUGUCCUUUUUUUUUAACGGAAAAUGGGGCAUUUUCAAGGUUAAGACGGUCAGGAUCUUGUAAUGGAACAUCAAGGAGUGUUCUGGACAAUUUUCAGUAUAAUCCCAACCGCACAGUAAAAUUACUUUCCUUGAGAGAAACGAACAAUGACUGUACUUUGAAAGAUGUUAGGAAAAGCCAUUUGCAGCUGCCGCAACUGGCCGACGACCGCGCGUUGGUCGUCGCCAACCGUGGCGUCACGUCUGGAAGGCUCUCUUCGUCGACGACGUCACGGCUGUCCACGUCGAGCUCCUUCCCGAUGGAGAAGAGCCGCUUGCCGCGGGCGCCCAUCACCUCCGUCUCCACCACGAAUUCCUCCACCAUCCCCCGCCAUUCUUCCAUUGUCUCCCCGAGGUUUGUUUAAUCGGAAAUAUAGUCGCGACCCUCUCAUUUUGAAGUGCUGUUUUCAUGUUCUCAGACCUCAACGCUGAGGGACAGAGAGACGCAGACACUCAAGAACUGUCAAGUCAUCCCAAAAUGACUAUUAAAUUUGUGUUUGUGGAUAGAAAUGGGCGGCGGCUAUAACCUAAGCGCGUACUUUGGCUGGAUCCAACCCCAGGGUGGAAAAAAGUUUUUUCGUUGCGACUUACUAACCGUAGAACGCGGUCUGUUUCAGUACAUCUUCGAAUUUUUUUUUGGCGCGCAAAAGACUGGGAUGGGAUCCAGCUCGCGUAUGAAUCCGCGGUAGCUUAUCAAAAAAAAUUUUCCCCUGUUUCAAAACCCUUUUCAUCGAUGCGCGGACUUUCUAUAUGCAUGCGCCUUUAAAAUACCCAAACUUUUUGAUUAAAUUAAAGGCGCAUACACAGGGAAACGCCGUGCGUAUCGAAGAAAAUGGUUCAGCAGAUUGGAGGAAAGAAGAUCAAUUUUUUUUUUAAACUGUCUCCAAAUUUGUGUACCUAAUCACAAUAUUUUGCAUUGACAGAAAAAUUCGCGUAAAAGCUAAAACCAGUUAUAAAAUGCUUGUAAACUUUCGCUCUACUGAAGGUAUUUUGAUAAUAAUCAACCGGGAAAGUUCAAAAUAGCAAAAUGAAAAUUUAAAAAAGGAAUUUCAACUUAAGAUAUGUCGUAUCGGUUUUUCAAAAUUCACUCGAAGUGAGUUUUGGCGCUUUAAUUGAAGAAGAAAAUAAAGCGAUAAAAGAAAAUAUUGCUUCGAGAAAAAAACUUCCCUUUCUGUGCUUUCAAGCUACCCCGUGUAAAGUUUUCUACUGGAAAUAUCAUUUUUUCGUUUUCUUCCAUUCCCUCUGUCGCUUGCAGGACCAUUGGAUCGCCGACAAAGAAAACGCCGAUCAUGGGAGUUUCCUCGGCCCGACGCCCGCAGUCCGCCCAACAGCACCUUCCUGCCCCAACUCCGCCUAAUGAGCCGGAGUUUGACGAACUCGAGGCGGCGAUUCAGUCGAUGAACGGUUGGUGAUCAUAUUAAAGGGGUCAAUGUGGAGAUAUUCCUGUCGUAAUUGAUUUUUGUGUUUUCUAAAACUUCUGAUCACUAGGACCUUGGUAAGACGCGCCUUCCUAGUGGUCACUUUAGUAUUUUAUAGAGUCUUUUCUGAUCCUUCAAGUGUUCCCUACGAAGUUGAAUUAUCAAAUUUUGAGCUUCUAGUAAUCCCUGUAGGGUAAAAGUUCAGGCCCUUGGUAACGCGAACGUGUAUGCGUUUCUAGUGACCACUUCAGUAGCGUCAGCUCUCUUAAGAGAUCCCUAGAAUUGCUCAGAAACGUCCGGCUUUGUUACCGAGGUCCUAAAGAAUCUUAUUGAUGAGAAAAACCUCAAAAAAGAUUCAAAGAGACGUUAAAAAGAUGAUAAAGCCCGAAGAGACGCCAGACAAUGAGAGAGAUUCUAACUUCUCUGGCGUUUCUUCGGCCGCCUCUGAUCUCUCGUUUUGGAGCUUCAGAAGCCUACGGUUUUGCGUGAUAUGUGUAUCAUUAUGAAUUGAAUUUUAAGUUUUUUAAAGUUUUUGCUUGAUCGAUCGAUUAGAUCGAUUGGGUUACGGAACAAUGAAACUAUGAAAAAUGCGGCUUAAUUUCCUCUAAUUUUGCCCAAGAGGUCACUUGGAUACUUUUCAAAAAAAGUUCUAGGAUUUCCAGCAAAACUUUACUUUGCGUUUAUUUCGUCUAUUUUAAAAGGGGCUUAAUCAAUAGUUCUGACAUGGUUAUUUUGGCGCAACUUGAAAUUAUUUUUUUAAGAGUUUGAAUGUUUAGGGAAAUAGUGUACAAAAACGAGAGGGUUAUAUUUUUCGUUAUCUUUUUUCUGGCAAGCCAUCGACCAAUUGAUGCAAUAAUACAUAAUUUCAAAAAACCAAAAGGACAAGGAAUAUCUCCAUAUUGGUUACUGUACCUGCACAUCUUGUGUGCAUGUGAUCCUUUGUUAUCGUGAAACCUCUGUAGUGACGGCGACGUCUUCAACCUCUUCAUCAUCGACGACGUCAACAACGACGACGACGGUGAAACGGAGCUCCAGCCUGCCCAGGGACCGCCCGACGUCCUCCCUGACUCAGCUGAAAAGGCCCGACGUCCCACCGCCGCCCUACAAACUCACCUCGACCAAGAGCCUUGUCACGUGUAUGUUCUGCUAUAGCCCAUUCCGCGUCACGUUUCGCUUCAAGACCCUUUUUUCGCAUUUUUGUUAAAAACAGCUUUACGGUAGUUUUUCGUUCUGCGGUUUAUAGACGUCCAGAAUCGCACUAUAUAGUCUGUUCAGAUUUCGUCCCCCGUGAUUACGGUACCUUUCGCGUCGAUGUUUUAUCAUGCGCAACGAUGAUCCUUUAAUAGCGCUAAUUUUUUUUUUCUAAGGCAGCCCUACUAAAGGAUCAUUUCAUUGAGCUGGUGGAUCAAAAAUGGGUCAAAAAAGGCAGCGCUAUCAAAGGAUCAUCGUCUCGUGUAACAGAUAAUAAACGCGACAAGGUACUGUAGACGCGCGGGGGCGGAGUCGAGCUUGAUGGUCAAAAGCUGACCAAGAGUACAUGCCUGUGUAGCCGUCCCAAUCAGAAUAUUUGAAUAGAACGGAUUUUUUUAGGGAUUUUGCUGUUCAAAAGAAAAAAAGACUCGGAAAUUUUUGAUAAAAAGGCUGAAAAAUGCUUCAUUUAGCAUUUUUUUCAAUUUUUUUCUAUCCAAAAAUUUUUUUUAAAUCAAUUUUUUUACUGCUUCAAGUUGUGUGCGAAGCGGUCGCGCACCGUUUUUAGUUUGAAAAAUUUUUCUCGCGCUUUUUUUGGAUUUUUUUUCUCACUUUUUUUCUGUUGAAGAUUUGAUUUUAAUUAUGUAGACAAUAUCCUUGAAAAACUCCAUUAAUGCGAUUAUUUUUUUGAAUUGGCGCCAAAACCGCAACGCACCCGCCUCGCAUAAAAACUUACACUUUUUUUCAAAUUUCAUUUUAAUAAUUUAAAUUUUUGCAGCUUUUGAAUGAAAAAAAUCAGAAAAAAAUUUUUAAUAUGUUAAAAAUACCACGUUCAAAGUCAUUCCACGUAUACCACGUUCAAAGUCAUUCCGGCAAAAAACUAAAAACUAUCUCUGACUCUCCGAAAUUUAGUUAUCCUUUUCUUUCUCUGAUGGCUAUUUUGAAUUUUGCGGCAUCAAAAUUACCUUUUUUUUGAAAAUUCCUUUAAGAAGCAUCGUUUUUUAUUAUUUACCACUAUGGAAAUGCAUUUUCGUUGUAACAAUGCCACUUCUUCCAUUUUCAAGAGUAAAAUCGCUCAUUUUUUCCAUUUUUCAGCCUCUCCGACGACGUCAAGGGCCGCUGAAACUCGAAAAUUGUCGGGGACCGUCAAAAGGAAUGGGAUCCUGGCCAAAGCCUUCGGAAAGUAG